GACGAGUUGCGCCGCUCGGCAGCCGUUCGGCAUUUCAAAACAGCCGCUUCAAAGGAUAUUUGGACUUGUAUAACUACCGUGGGUGAAAAAUAUCAACCUCGUCGUCAGCUGGUGAAUCGGUGCUGUAAAGGUGUGUUAAAGUAGUUUUCUUCGCGCUAUAUUUACAACGAUGUUCGUCGACGUGAAGAACCUUGAGGACGAGUUCUACUUGGAGGUGAUUAAAAGCCGAGUGUUGGUUAUUAUUUCUACAGACGUGGAUGCUGUUGCGGCGUGCCGCAUUUUGCAGCAGUUGUUUCACUCGGACAACGCACUUUACACGCUUGUUCCUGUGUCUAAGAAAGCGGCUGUAGCAACAGCGUACCGCGAUCACGGUGAAGGAAUCAAGAACGUCGUAUUACUUAAUUGCGGUGCGACGUGGGACGUGAUUGAAGAGUGCAAGCCUGAAAGCGACGACGUAGUUUUCUACAUAGCUGACAGCAAUCGUCCUGUGCACAUUCACAACGUCUACAACACGAGUCAAGUGCGUCUUCUGAUGCCGUCUUUGUCGGAGGAAGGUGUGCCGGCCUACGAGGACCUUUUCAGGGAGGACGACGAUGACGACGAGGAUGAAAUGACCAUAGAAGAAGUUGCCGACCGACGGAGAGAGCGACGCGAGUGGGAGGAACGCCGUAAACAGCUUCUCUUUGAAUACACAGAGUUCAGCUAUCAUGGUAAAUCAACUGCUGUCACCAUGUUCGAAAUGAGUUUCCAAAUGACUCGACAUACGCCGGAAAUUCUAUGGUGGGCGAUCGUCGGGCAGUCUGAGCUGUACAUCUCCGGAAAAAUUGAGCACAAUCGGUAUGUGCUGGAAGCUGGGGACCUUCAGGCACACGUUUCCCGUCAAAUUAGACAAAGAACUGCUGCACUGGAUCCUUUGGCAGUGCAAAUAUCAUUCGACCAGGAGCUGAAUCUUCCUCUGUACACACAAUGGUCCCUCAUGGAGAGCCUGCGAAACACCCCAAAUAUAUUUUGCAAAUUUAAAUUGUGGACUCAAAAAGGCUACCGUAAGCUACAGGAGUUCCUAGCAGAACUUGGCCUACCGCUUCUACAGUGCAAGCAGCAGUAUGCUUCAAUGGACAUCAACCUCAGGAACAAUGUGAAAGAGUGGAUGUGUGACAUGGCCGAAAAGUAUGGGCUUGAAAACCUACUUUUCGCCUGCUUCACUGGCAGAUGUGGCUAUCGGGACCACUUCUUUGCCUCUGAUGCUGCAUAUGGCCUCAUGGCUAUUCUUGAGUCUCCUGUAGGUGAUGUAACAACCAACUUCUUUAAUACACUUGAUGCCCUGUCAUGGUCGAACACAGAGCUACUGCGUAAUGGCAUUCAGCUGGCAAAAGAGCGCUUGAUAGCCACCACGCAGCAGGUACACUCAUUCAUGGAUCUUGGCAGUAUCAUCUGCGCUGGGCCCUUUCUGUAUGGCACUGUGCAGGAGGGUGCCCAACACAGUAAGCUUUUUGGAUGGCCAAGCGGUCUCUUUCAGUUGGCCCGAUGUGCAUUGCAGGCGUAUGUGGCCAACACCAAAAGCCGUCGCUUUGCCAUCCUCCCCCUUGUGCUAGCAGCUGACUAUUCAAGUGACCCUUCUUACACACUGGUUGUCGGCAUCCCACCAUUGUCCGAAGAUUCACCAAAGAACUUUUUUGGCCGUGCUUUUGAGAGGGCCAGCACAAUGACACACUGUACAUAUCAAGCUGAUUUUUUCUGUUCACCAGCUGUUUUAGUAUACAAGCAAGAUCGGGGCAAGUUUCUUGAUGCUCUUGUGUCGUUGUUAGUUUGAUUCAUUACAACACUGCUCCCGUUGCAGCUGCCAUGGUAUGGUAGUCUGUAGGCUGUACAUAUUGUAAGAUUCCUUCUAUUUAGCAUGCAAUUUUUUAAUGGAAAGUGCAAGCAAAAUCGCAACACUAGUCUUAGCAGGUCAUUCUGCGAUGGUUUUUAAGAAUGCUAUUUAUUUUAUGUAUAUUUAUAAGGGUUUUCUGUAUGUUUUCUACAAAAUGUUCAUUUGCUGCAAUUUUUCUGCAUCGUUUAUCUCAUAUACAAGCUUCUAUUGUCCUAACCUGUCAUAUUACCAUCAGUGAGUAGUUACGAUGGUCUUAUUCAUCCUGAAUAUGGAUUUACCUUUGAUGUCUAUGAUAAAAUAAUUCUUUUACAUCUAUGAGCAGACAUGUUUAGAGCACUUGUGUAAUGUGGUCUGACGGUGAAAUCAUUUAUUAUAGCAGCAAGUAAUGUAAAAAGCUGUGCGGUACUAUUGAAAAGUUGUGUGUUAAUGUGUGUAAAUAGCAAAAGGGAAAUGAAAGUGGAUGAAAGAACACUUCUCAGCUGAGAGCCUGACUCAUCUCCCACAAUGCUCUUGUUACACUCUAAUGUUAACCUGUAGUGGUGGCUAUCCCUCCAUCAACUUCCUUGGGCAUUUGUGAGUGUUCAUGGCUUUAGCCCUGGUACUAAGAGCCACUGCCACUCACAGCUGAUUUAAACUAUCUUUUAACACCAGUUGUCACAUAGUGGUCAAACCUAACGCAGUCCACUGCCCAAGAAAUCUUUUAAUAUUACGUCACGAUAUGAAGGCUGCCAAAGUUGAAGGGCUUCCUGUGCAUUGAGUGUUGUUCUGUGGCAGUGUUACAAUACCUUGAAGCAAAAUUUUAAUAAAACUACUUGCGUAAACUGGCUUGCAUUGAGCAUUAAAAAUAG